AAAAGCAGGACUCUGCGCCGUGGUCGCCGGAAAUAGCCGAACGGGUGGGGAGUUCCGAAGCUGAGGCGACACGCCCGAGCGUCCCCGAAUCUAGGGCGGCAUUAUUCGCAGUUGUACGAGCGCUUCCGACCCGAAGACAGAAAGAGCCGAACCACGCAGCGGCGGUUGCGAACCCCCUCGAGCGCGUCCGAAGUGAAGGCGGAAAGGCCCGAGCGGUGGCGGAAAGGCCCGAGCGCUGCCAAGAUGGAGGCGGCCGAGCCCUGCGGCCUGUGCCUGCGGGAGCGGGCCCCCUACACGUGCCCCCGCUGUAACAUGCGUUUCUGUUCGGUGUCCUGUUACCGGGGCCACGGGGCCUGCGCCGAGGCUUUCCACCGCCAGCAGCUGCUGCUCCGGCUCCAGGGCCAGCGGGGGGACCCGGCCUCCCGAACCCGCCUGAAAGAAGCCCUGCUCCGGCUGCGGGAGCUACGCGAGCUCGGGGACGCGGAGCCCCAGCUAGGCCGCGACCCUGAGGACCAGGACGACGGUCUGUGGGAGCGGCUCAGUCCGGCCGAAAAGGCCGCCUUUCAGCGCCUGCUGAGCAGCGGGGAGAUUGGAGCCUUCCUGCCCCCGUGGAGGCCCUGGUGGCGGGGAUGGGGCCGGGGGCUGGUACAGGAGCUGGGCGGUGCUGAGGGUGCCCAGGAGGCUGGGGAUACCCAACCCCCUGCUGGCACCCAGAAGCCAGAGAAGAAGACCCCAGGCUCAGCACCCAGCCACCAGCCACCAGUACCCCAAGGUGCUUACCCCCCCAUGGGCACCCGGCAGUCAGAGGAGAUCUCAAGUAUGGCACCCACCCAGCAGCCUGAAGAAAUGCCAAGCCCAGUUCCUGCUGUGCCUGCAUCCAUUCCACCACUGAGCUCCCUGACCUGCAGUCCAGCCUCACCCCUGGUGUGUUUCCAGCUGGCUAAUGUCCUCUAUGCCUAUGUCUUCGCCCUCACCCUCUACAAUGGGGACUUGAGUGAAGAUGAGCUGCUGCCUGAGUUCUCUGACAUGGUCCUGGAUGUCGCUGGGGCAUUGGGUGCCAGGCAGGUCUUCCACUCCACAGCAGAGGCGCUGCAGGCUGCCCUCCAGGCAGUGACAGCCAGCCGGUACCCUGAGGGCCCCCUGGGGAAUGCAGGUGCUAUGAUGGCAGUGGCCCAGAUCCUGAUGGGGGAGAAUCAAGCCAUGCAGAAAGGCUACAGCCUGGCGGCCCUCUCCCAUCUUGUCAGGCUGUUGGGCAAGGCCAAGAAACUGGUGCCAACAGAGGAGCGGCCCAGGGUGUAUGGCGCCAAGAAGAAAUGUGAAUUUCUGCUCUCCUGGGUCAAUGAGAACCAGGAAUCUUUGACUGUCCUGGCCCUAGAGGUGCAAAGGGAAUAUAAAACCCAUUUGGAGGCAGUCAAAGAAGUGGAUGUAGUUACCAAAGAACUGCAGAAGAUGUGGGGUGGGAAACUUCCCCCUGCAAAUAAGCCAUUGAUCGAGGAGUUGGACUGAUGGCUGGAACUUAGUCACCCCUAAAACCAUCCACACUUAAAACGUUGGGGGAUUUGAGUGGAAUUGGACCGAUUUAGAGACUGGAUUAUUUUUUUUUAAGUGGGAAAAACUUAAUGAACCCUCUCUUGGUUGAAUAGCUAUUUUAGAUAAAUCCACCACACUGAGUCUUGGCACAAAUGUUGAUCUGGUUUCUAGGGAGUUGACCUGUUGCAAUAAAAAGAGGAAAGCAGCUGG